ACCAUUCAAUAGCACACUGGCAACUAUGAACAAUUUCAGGGUCAUGGCCAGCAGGGUGACGAGGGUUACUCACAUACCUUCACAAGCAUCCCGAAACAUAUAUUUGCACAAGGGUCCCAGAUUAAGUGGGUUGAAAAAAGACCCUCUCGAGGUGUUCACCACCAGCGACGGGCACAAAUACGACAAUGAUGUUCACCAGAACGUCAAAUACAUCCAGGACUUUCUCAGUGACAAGUUCCAUAUCGGCAACGAGCUUGCGUUGCAGGUAAUAACUCAUAAGUCGUUUGCCAAUGGUAUCAAGCCAUAUAACGAGAAGUUGAGUGCCAUGGGAUCAAAGAUAUUGAAUUUGCAUUUGGCCAAAUUGGUCAUCGAACAGCCGUCCAAGAGUUCGAGUGUCAACGAGUUGGCGAUAAAUAACAAGAACUUGGAUGUUUUGGGGCAGCCCAUGUCGAGAGAAUUGGCUGGUAGAUUAUCGUUGGGUGUUUUUGCCAAACUUAACAAGUUGAAUUCAGUGAUGUUCUGGAACAGUUACAGCACGCAGGGGUUGAACUUUGAGGCCAGUGGAGAGAUGAAGGUGAGUGCACAGAUGGUGUAUGCGAUGAUUGGAGCGGUUCAUUUUACCCAUGGAAAAAAAGUAGCUGAAGAGUUUAUCAACGAGAAAAUAUUCCCUGAGGUGGAGACCAUAACUCGGGAUGUGGUGGAGGCGGAUGUGAAGCAGGCCCAGGAAGCCACGUAGUCAUGUAAGUAGAUUGUACAUAGAUAAUGAAGUAUAUUCAUGAG